AUGUGGGAUCUUGAAGCUUCAGAUAGCGAUAUUGGUCCCCAUGAAGCGCCUGAACGAGCUCCCGACCAGCCCCACUAUUUCGUCUCCAAUGAGGUGGCACAGCAGGUUCUCCACAGCCAUGUGGUUCCAACAAGUCCACUGGCUCGGGUGCCCCAAAAGCGGAAAAGAGAAUUUGUAAGAAUCUCUGGCAGAAUGCAUGUCGACAGAGCCAAAGCCGACGCCCUCGGAAAUAUGCGUGUCCAGCUUGAAAAGAGAGUAAAAAAGCAAGAGAUUACCGAGGAGGAAAUGUUGCACCAACUCGGCGUUUUCUCCAAAGAGAUCAACACUCCUAGGUCGGUCGAGGAACACGACAAACACCUAGAGAAACGCGCCUACCGGACAGCUGGAUAUGCGAUUAAACGAAACUCCAAAACGUUCGACAACAGCCCCAAGGACUGCAGAUUCCCAUACCUGGAGCAGUUUACUGUUCAUGUGCUUGGCACAUGUUCUGAGAACGUUCAGUUCGACAAUCAGUUUGCGAGCAUGGUGGCUGAAAAGUGCUUGUUUCGAAUUCUCGAGGUACAGCCUCUGUACCGGGAAAUUUACAGGAUGAAGGACCUUCCACGCCACGAAUGGAUCGGAAAAGUACUCUUGCACAGUCAGCACCGACGCCUUAGCCAAUAUGGCGAUCGAGGCUUGGUGGGCGAAACCCAUGCCGUAAAAAACUUGGGUUUCUGCUGGAAUGGUCUGCAGAAUUACCCGCCUGAUUGCAUCUUCAAUGUUAACCAAACCUGCCAAUACGCCAAUUUUGACAAUGUCGGCAGCGUGGUUUGGUCUGCUGGGCCUUACGCUGGACGUAUCAAGGGAGACCCCACGUAUACCUUGAACUUCUGCAUGAACGUGGAUGGGUCAAGAAAGAUCACAACGUGCAUUAUCGGCAAGACACACUACCCUGGGUGGGCCUCCUCCUACCAAAACUACCUCAAUUUCAACGCUGCACCACGUCCGGCCCAUAUCGUAGAGGAAAUGGAAGCAGCAGCUAAAGAGGAGUGUAAGGAGGAGGAAGCCCGUCUCCUGGAGCUCUUUGUGAAGCACCAAGAAAUCGACAAGCUCAGAGACCAGGCCCACGAAGCCCACAAAGAUUUACCUAGGGGUUCUGCGGAGAAGAAGGAGCUGUUGGCACGACACCGGACCCUGGAGGCUAAAGCCGAUGAGGCCGAGGAGAUCUACAAUGCAGCCAAGAAAUGCCACGCCGACCAGGUUGCUAAUCUUAUGGCUGUGAAACUCGAGCAGUGGAAACCUGCGUGUCCUUUCGAAGGCGAAGAGAUUUUCGAGCCUCCUGGGGGCCGGGAAACCCUGUUCAGCAGUGAGCUUUUGCUUCCGAUCAUCAAGGAGAGAACGACAAAAGUUCGAGAGCUGGAGGGUUCUGUCGCAACUCUGGAGGUGGUUGCCCAAGGCGCCAACAAGAAGUUCCAAGCGGAGGAGAAGAUAUUGAAGGGCUACAAGAAGAACAUCCAGAAAGUGGGAGCCGAGAUUACCGCUCUUGAGGGUGAGCUGAAGGAUCUAGAGGCGAAGCUGGCAGAUUUUCCUCCAGCAGCUGACACCAUCGAUGUUCGAAGCGACAGCUUCAAUGUUGCCGAGUUCGAGAUAGCUCAAGACGAGCUUAGACGUGCUGCUAUUGUCACUGAAAGCAAUAUCGCUAGAAGUAAGCUGGAAAGCAAGCAUAAAAGGCUGGAGGCCCUUCAAGCCGAUGUUUCCAACGCAGUCAAGGCCCGAGAUGAUCACAAGCGGGAAAUUAGAAGAGCGGAGGAUGAGCUGUCCAAAGUGAUUCGUCUGCUUGUCCUUGCCGAUGAUGAGGCCCUUAGCCUUACUGGUCCUGGAAACACGAUGGGGAUGCGGUACUUUCAGCAAAAUAGGGGCUGGAUGGACACCGUCACCUUCUGCAAGUACAUGCUCAUCUUUUCGCGGGAAUCAGGCGCAGGAGAAAAUCGCAAGAUCGCUCUGAUCCUCGACAACGUCGGGUUUCACCACAGAGCUUGGUCUCUCUCCAAGAAAUGGCCCGAAAUGGCACACGUCAAGCUGUUUUUUCUUCCUCCGAACUCCACACCGUUCACGCAGCCACUCGACCUUGGACCGAUCUGCCGACUUAAGUCCGAGUCGAAAAAGCUUCAGAACGAGUUUAUCAACUUGACUUCACGAUUGAACGGAACAGCUGGUAAAGUCACUGUACUGCACAAGUUCAACUACAUCAAUAAGUCUCUCCUCGCCUUGCCUGCAGAUCACAUCCACAACUGCUUCCGGUCAAGCCCCGUCUUCGCUGGACACCCUACUGUGAAGCCCACAGAGUCGAUAUUGAAGCGAAUUACGGAACGGGAGAAACAGGGCAAUGCUGCACAGACCACGCCUGACACAACUCCGCGGGUGGUUGAGAUUGUGGAUGAUCCAGUGUUUGACGACUGGGAGACCAACGAGGCUGAUACUCUUGUCGAAGACAUGCAGAAUCUCGAUAUCAUCGACCGUGUUGGUGAGGCAAAUAUUCCCUCUGCUGAGGGUAUUCGCAUGCAGGCCAUUGAAAACGUGCUUGAGUCCAUUGAUGCUAUUCCAUGGGAGGCAUGGCUGGGUCCUAUCGAAAUUGUUGACAAGAGCUGUGAACACGGGGCUCGGACUCGCGUCGUCAGCGGGAUUGAAAGAUUGCUUCACUUUUCAAAUGCAAAGCUCGCCCAGAACAACUGCCCGGCGUACCAGAAGGAGAACGAGUAUGCCCGUCAGCGCAACGCAAGUGUCCGUAGAAAACGGGCGGAGUAUCUGAACAAGACAACCGAUGCUCCAAAGGACAACCGAAUGAAUGGUCGAAGGAGCAGUCCACCUUUAGGGAAACGACCGCCCGCUGCGUCUCCAGAGUCCGUUGCUGUAGAUGCCCCCCCGUCUCCGCCCUCUGGCGUCUUUGAUACCCCUAGCGAACGGCCUGGCCGCUAUCUUGACCCCAUUGUCAUUUCUGACGAUGAUUGCGACGGUCCCAGUUGCUUCGACGUCUCUGUUGACACCAUUUCACGUUCGCUGUCUGAAAAACAAGAUAUCCCUGGCUCCGUCAGUACCCUUGGUCUUUUUGAUACCCCCGGCUCUGCGUCCUGGAUCCAAGAUACCCCCUAUAAUGUGUUUUCACUGGCACAGCAGGAUGCCAUUACCCCCUACGAGGCACCCACAUUACAGACUGGCUUCGUUCUAAAGCUGCCAUCAGCAGAAGCGCUCCAGAAAGCCCAAAGGCUUCUGGCUGACCAUGGCAUGCUUGAGCUAGUUGGAAGAGAGGCUGGCUCCCCCAGCGGCACCCCCACGAGGCUGGGGGGCAGCAGCAAAUACGAGUCCUCCAUUAUUGGCAACCGUCGUCACUAA